AUGAAACGAUAUGAAAGAAAUAAUUUUGGUGUUUUAAAGGAAAAUAAAUUUCUACGACUAUGUGAAGUUUCUUACCGUUCUGUUGAAUCCAAUUUGUCUUCAACAUUGGAAUCAUCGGCACAAAGUUUAAAUGACAGAAGAUGGGAGUUUGUGCAACGUACUACGUGUCCAAUUUCGUUAGGAAAGUGUCAAAAAUCACCAGUUCCUUUUGCUAUUGAUGGUGCAGAAAUUUGUGCAUUUUUACGUCGUUUGGACGAAACUUUUUUGAUUUUAGUUGCACAAUAUCGACCACCUCUUGAUGCAGUUGUAGUGGAAUUUCCAGCAGGACUGGUAGAUCCAUCUGAAGAUGUUAAACAUGCAGCAAUUCGUGAAUUAAGAGAAGAAACUGGUUAUGUGGCUACAGAGGAGGAUAUUAUCGGCGUAUCAGAAGCACUUGCUUAUGAACCUGGUUUAACUAAUUCUGCUUGUCAGAUUGUAAAGAUACUUAUUGAUGGUGAAAAAGAAGUAAAUAAAAAUCCAAAACAACAACUAGACGAUGGAGAAGAUAUUGAAGUCAUUUUACUCCCAAUACGUUCAAAAAGUAUGGAAACUAGAAAGUAUACUCCUCUUCAAUUUUUAGAUAAUUUGAUAAAAGAAAAGAAUAUAUUUCAGACACGUACCGUUAUUGAUGCAAAAGUAUAUACGUUUUUGGAUGGGAUUUCCCUUAUGGAGAGUUUACCUUGUUAG